UAUGGGGAGCAUUUUUUUUCGUCUACAGCCUCUCAGUUUUUUAAAAAGUCUGUCCCGACUAUGACUGAUCCAGUUCUUCCUCAUCCAUCUCUGUCUCUUAUCUGGUCCCGUUCACUUGCAAGAAAGCUAACCUUCAAGCUCCAUCAAAGAAUCCUUCUGCCUCUAAUUCUUUCUGCAAGUCUUAGUGGAAAUUAGGGAGUCCCAUUUUGCAGCCACUUUUCCCACUACAGGUGGAAUAGAGGAGGACCUGAAGAAAAACCAUGGUUGGAAAAUUUGGAAAGUGCAUCCUCUGUUGUCGAAGCCAGGUGUCGAAGGAAGAAGACAUGGCAAACGAAUCAUACGAGGAUGCCAUUGCAGGACUGAGCAAGCUUCUCAGUGAGAAAGCUGACCUCGGGAGCGUCGCCGCCGCAAAGAUCAAGCAGAUAACGGCCGAGUUAGAGGCGGCCAGUUCGAAAGGAUUCGACCCGGUCGAGCGUAUAAAAACCGGGUUUGUCCAAUUCAGGACAGAGAAAUAUGAGAAGAAUCCAGACCUGUACGGUGCCCUUGCUAAAGGCCAAAGCCCGAAGUUUAUGGUGUUUGCUUGCUCUGAUUCUCGGGUCUGCCCUUCCCAUAUCCUCAAUUUCCAACCAGGGGAGGCCUUCAUGAUCCGAAACAUCGCCAACAUGGUCCCACCUUAUGAUAAGACAAAAUAUUCAGGUGUGGGGGCAGCCAUUGAAUACGCAGUGUUGCAUUUGAAGGUGGAGAACAUUCUAGUCAUUGGUCACAGCUGUUGUGGUGGUAUAAAGGGGCUCAUGUCCAUCACAGAUGAUGGGUCCACUGCUAGUGACUUCAUAGAAAAUUGGGUGAAGAUCUGCUCAGCAGCCAAGUCCACGGUGGCGAAAAAAGCCGGCAGUUUAAGUUUCGAAGAGCAAUGCCACAACUGCGAGAAGGAGGCUGUUAAUGUGUCGCUGGGGAACCUGCUGACAUAUCCAUUUGUGAGAGACGCCGUGGUGAACGACGCCGUGUCGCUGAAGGGGGCGCACUACGACUUUGUCAAGGGAACUUUCGAGCUGUGGGAUCUGGAUUUCACAAUUUCCCAGUCCAUUUCUGUCUGAGCUGUACAUGUCUUCCAAUAAAUAUUUGGCAAUGUGAAACUGUAGCCGGCUGAAGUUUCAACUUUAGUAUCUGCUCAUUCCCUAGCUUUGUUUCUCUAUAAAUAUUGUUUCAAUAAUAUUGACUCGUUGUCACUCA